AUGCAACUUCCAUCUUCUUCUGAAGUGCAAUUACUAAAUAGUACAUUUCCUAUCAAAUCUAAAAACGUCGGUGAUAUUACAGUCAAAUCAAAAUCAUAUGAUAUAGAUUUAUAUGUUGCAGUAUCUACACGUCCAUUCGGUUACUAUUCAAGUACACUCGCAUCAGCAUUUCCAGAUUCUUUGUCAUUUUUCGAUAAUAGACCAAUUCGAGGUGGAAUCUACAUAAACGCGCAGAAAGUACCAUCAGAACCUCAAAAUGAAACCUCUAUCAAUCGAAAAUUCUUUACAACUUGUUUACACGAAAUUUGUCAUAUUUUAGGCAUCAACAGAGACUUAUAUCCAUACUGGCUGAACAGAAAGACAGGAAACAGCUGGGGAUCAAAGAUUCCAAUGACAACAAUCGAAAAAGAUGGAAAAAUUUUCACAUUAUUACAAACACCUCAAUGUGUUAAGUAUGCUACGAAAAGGUGGAACAGAACAGAGUUUAUAGAUGGAGUUCCAAUGGGUGUUGAGCUCGAAGAUGGAGGAGGACUCGGAACAGAAAAAUCUCACCCUGAAGCCCGAGUUUUCUUCAAUGAAUUGAUGGUAGGACUUUCUAUUCAGCCUGCAAAGAUAUCAGAUUUGACCUUAGCGAUGCUAGAAGAUACAGGAUGGUACGAUUGUAAUUAUGAUAUGGCAGAACUGCUUGCCUGGGGCGAUGGCGACUCUAUAAAUGGUACUAAGCUUCCGAAUUUCCCGGUAGAUCCUCCUUACACCGCAUUUCCGAAAAAUUAUUUGUGCAAUGAGAACGAAUCAAACGACGACAAAUGUUCAUAUGACUAUACCUACAUCGGAGAAUGCUCUUCCUCUAUGUAUUAUGACUGCCCGGGCUAUACUACCGAUGAAAAAAAUUAUUGUAAAGCCAUGAAUUUCUACAACCCUCUCAAUUUUUCAAAGAGAGGUGUUUAUUCUAUCGUCGACUUUACAAUUUUUCCGGUAAUGAGUAGAAAUUGCAAGGAUGUUAAUUCCAACAUUGUUUAUGAAGGAGAAACAUAUGGAAAAGACUCUUUCUGUUUUAUGAAGAAUAAUAUCACUCCAAUGUGUUAUAAAACAGAGAUAGAGAAUGAAACUAAUUUGUUUGUAACUAUAGGAAACGUAACCAAGCAAUGUAAUUAUGAAAAUGAAGUUCUGAAUUUUGAUAAUUUCAAUAUCACUUGUCCAGAUCCAAUUAAACUGAUAAGAAUGAGGGCAUUCCAGAAUUCUAGCGUGUACAGACCUCCUCUUGGUAAAACACACUAUAAUUAUCAUUACUUGUGUAACUGUUUUUGUUUGCUAUUGUUUUCUAUGUUUAUGGUAUAUUUAAAGAGAAGAAAGCCGUCAAAGAUAUGA